UAGACACCUUAGCAUUGGGGACCCGGGCCAGACGGUCUGUGUUGAUGUCUGAGUUCGAUGACAAAUUGAGCUCUCAAAAUAAGUUAUUUUGUUAGCUAGAUUUUAACGGUAACGUAUUGUAGUUCACAAAUAGUUUUAUGUAAUUGUAUGCGAUAUGGUAUGCAAUUGCUCAAUUGCCUUUUGAGGACAGGGUUACGUUAAAAUUAUAACUGAACACCUAGAGUAACCCGAGCACCUCUGUAGUGUGCUAACAGGCUUGCUAGCUUUGCGGAAACCGAACGAAUCUAACGUAGUGAAACCAUGGGGAACCGGGGGAUGGAGGAAUUGAUCCCCCUGAUCAAUCAACUUCAGGAUGCUUUCAGUUCAAUUGGACAGAGCUGUAACUUGGACUUGCCCCAGAUAGCCGUGGUCGGUGGACAAAGCGCUGGAAAAAGCUCUGUUUUGGAAAACUUCGUUGGAAGGGACUUUCUUCCUCGUGGAUCCGGCAUCGUCACUCGCAGGCCCCUUGUUUUGCAGCUGGUCAACAAUAAAGCAGAGUAUGCCGAGUUCUUGCACUGUAAGGGUAGAAAGUUUGUGGACUUUGAGGAGGUGCGGUCGGAGAUUGAGGCGGAGACGGACCGCAUCACAGGCUCCAACAAGGGCAUCUCUCCCAUCCCCAUCAACCUCAAAGUCUUCUCUCCUAAUGUUUUGAAUCUGACCCUAAUUGACCUCCCGGGGAUGACGAAGGUUGCAGUGGGAGACCAGCCUGUGGACAUUGAAUUCCAGAUCAGGGAAAUGCUGAUGCAGUUCAUCACCAAGGAGAGCUGCCUCAUCCUGGCCGUCACGCCCGCCAACCAGGACCUGGCCAACUCGGACGCACUCAAGAUAGCCAAGGAGGUGGACCCACAGGGGCUUCGCACUAUUGGCGUCAUUACCAAACUGGAUCUGAUGGACGAAGGGACAGACGCCAGAGAUAUCCUGGAAAACAAACUGCUGCCUCUGCGCAGGGGCUACAUUGGGGUGGUGAACCGCAGUCAGAAGGACAUUGAUGGUAGAAAGGACAUCAAAGUUGCACUGGCGGCUGAGAGGAAGUUCUUCCUGUCGCACCCGAGCUACAGACACAUGGCUGAGCGCAUGGGCACCCCACACCUGCAGAAGACCCUCAACCAGCAAUUGACCAACCACAUCCGUGACACGCUGCCUGGCCUACGUAGCAAGCUGCAGUCUCAGCUCCUCUCCCUAGAGAAGGAGGUGGAGGAGUUCAAGAACUUCAGGCCGGACGACCCCACCCGCAAGACUAAGGCUCUCCUCCAGAUGGUGCAGCAGUUCGGAGUGGACUUUGAGAAGCGUAUUGAGGGCUCCGGGGACCAGGUGGACACUAAGGAGCUAUCGGGGGGAGCCAAGAUCAACCGCAUCUUUCACGAGCGCUUCCCCUUUGAGCUGGUCAAGAUUGUGUUUGACGAGAAGGAACUGAGGAAGGAGAUCAGCCACGCCAUCAAGAACGUCCACGGCGUCAGAACGGGCCUGUUCACUCCAGACCUGGCGUUCGAAGCCAUCGUGAAAAAGCAGAUCGUUAAGGUGAAAGAGCCCUGUGUCAAAUGUAUCGAUCUGGUCAUUCAGGAGCUCAUCAACACAGUCAGGGAUUGCACCGGCAAGCUCGGCUCUUACCCCAGACUGCGAGAGGAGACUGAGAGGAUUGUUACCACCCACGUCAGGGACCGAGAGAGCAAGACCAAGGACCAGGUUCUUCUGCUUAUUGACAUCGAGCUGUCAUACAUCAACACCAACCACGAGGACUUCAUAGGCUUUGCUAACCUUGACUUCCGAAGGCUGGACGACGGUGGCUCUCCAGGGUUCACCAACAACAGCGCACAGCAGAGGAACACCCAUGCAAACAAGAAGAGGGCCAUUCCUAACCAGGGUGAAAUAUUGGUGAUCCGGAAAGGCUGGCUCACCAUCAACAUCAGCAUCAUGAAAGGAGGCUCCAAGGAAUACUGGUUUGUCCUGACCGCAGAGUCGCUCUCCUGGUACAAAGACGAGGAGGAGAAGGAGAAGAAGUACAUGCUGCCUCUGGACAACCUGAAAAUACGGGACGUGGAGAAAGGCUUCAUGUCCACUAAGCACAUUUUUGCUAUCUUCAAUACUGAGCAAAGGAACGUGUACAAGGACCUGCGCCAGGUCGAGCUGGCCUGCGACUCCCAGGAGGACGUGGACAGCUGGAAGGCCUCGUUCCUCAGGGCAGGCGUCUACCCAGAAAAGGAUCAGGUGGACCAGGAGGAUUCUGGCCCGACCGAGUCCUUCUCCAUGGACCCGCAGCUGGAGCGGCAGGUGGAGACGAUCAGGAACCUGGUGGACUCCUACAUCGGCAUCGUCAACAAGACCGUCCGCGACCUCAUCCCCAAAGCCAUCAUGUACCUCAUGAUCAACAGUACUAAGGAGUUCAUCCACUGCGAGCUGCUCUCCUACCUGUACAGUUCGGGCGACCAGAACAGCCUGAUGGAGGAGUCAGCAGACCAGGCCCAGCGGCGUGACGACAUGUUGCGCAUGUACCACUCCCUCAAGGAGGCGCUCAAGAUCAUCGGCGACAUCAGCACCACCACCAUCACCGUGCCCCUUCCCCCGCCCGUCGACAGUGGCUGGAUAAGCCCCAGCCCCACACCUCCACCCACCAGUCGACUGGCCGUGGCUGCCCACCACCCCAACAGGCCCCCAGCGGUGCGUGGUCCGACCCCGGGGCCCCCUACCCUGAUGCCUACCCCGGCUCCCCCCAUCCCCUCUCGCCCCGGCCCGCCCAUCAACGCCUUCAGCAACAACAGCGCCCAGGACCCAUUCAGCGCCCCUCCUCAGAUACCCUCACGGCCCGCUCGCGUGCCCCCUGGGGUGCCCAGCCGAAGACCCCCGGGCGCCCCCCAUCGGCCCACCAUAAUCCGCCCGGCCGAGCCCUCCCUGCUCGACUAGGCCCAGGCCUGGAGCCGGAGCAGGGGGGCCAGCCUGGGCCCUGCAGCCCCAGCCGGAGAGCGGGCCGUGAGCUCCCAAAAAAUAUGCGUGCUUGUGUUUUUUUUUUUUUUUUUUUUUUUUAUCUUGCUUGAUACAUCCAGCUUGACGAGUAGACCUAAUGUUGUAGCCCACCCCUGUUCUCCCAGUAUAGGAAAGCUGCUAAUCCAUCCUACUCAUUCAAAUCUAGGGGAAAGAGAGAAAGAUACAGAGAGAGAGAGGGAGAAAGAGAGGGAGAAGAUCAGUCAGUGAUCAAUAAAUGAAAGAGGAAAAGCACAGGGUCUGCAUGUUAACGGAGAACAGGUUGUUUGGGUUACUCUGAGUAACAAGCUGAUGUGUUUGUGAUGCUCAUGAAUGCUGUGGACUUCAUUCUGAAUUGAGACGCUUUCUCUUUUUUGUUUUUGGCAAAUGUGUUUAAUGCUAUGUAUGCGUGUGCGUGUUCAGGGAGUGUGCCACAAGGGGGCACUCUCUCUGAACCUCCUGAAAGAGUUGAAAGACCUUGGCAUCAUUUUGAAGUGAGGUGUUUUAUUUUUUAUUUUAUUUUUUUAUUUUAAAUAGGGAACUCGGCAGGCGCUUCUUCACUCUAAUGCAGGCUACCCCCUCACUCUCCCUGUAAAAUAACCGCCCCCGAGCCCAACCUUUAAACCUCAUCUGUGUGUAUUGUACAAACUCAUCCUGUGGUUCCUUUCUAUAGGUUUUCUAUAAUCUGAAAUAGGCUGCCAUUGCUGUUUAUUGUCGCUGAUGUAUUAGGGGUGGCUUUUAGAGUGCUCUUUGAGUGCAGGGAGACGUAAUUACUUAGUCUAGUUUUGACCAACGACCAACCUUUUAAGCUCUUCAGAGACUGGCCUCCAUGCUGCAUUCAUUAAACUUUGGGCAACACUUCAUAAUAACAAGAUUAAGUUUCUUUAGUGAAUUACACAUUCAUGAGUUUAUAUGGUGUCAUUAUCUAAUGAUGAACAUGUGGGAAAUAUGUACAUGAUUAGUUAACAUUCUAAAAUAAAAUUAUUCUUAUUACUCUUGUUAUAAAUAGUAUGGUUUAUAAUGUAAUGGCAUUAUGUUCAAAAAAUAUUUCAUUAUUUUAAGCAUUAAACUUGAUGGGUUUUGAAGCACUGAAGCUGAAUUAUUUGAUAAUUAAAGAUCUGUGAACAAAUUACAAUGUUACUUAAGUACCAUCAAACACAGUUUUGAAUAUUUGCUCAUCAAUGCUCAGCAUUUCAGCAUUACUGCAAGUUCAGCAUUACUGCAGGUGUCACCUAAAGUCCUGUUUGGUGAAUAUUUUGCUGGGUGUUAUACUAUCUGAAAUAGUUUGGCAUAUUUUUUGUUGGAUGCAUUGAAAACUGAAUGGCCCAUAUAAUUCCGUAGAGAGCACUUAAUCCAUUUAGGAGUUGGUCCAUACCUGAUUGGAGACUUAAUGUGUGUGGUUGGGUGGAUGCCUGUGAUCCGGACCAUGUAAGGCAUGCAUGGAGAAAUAGUAAUAAGAUUUUGGGGUCUCUAACUUUUGGUCUUUUCAAUUGAUCCCCACGUUUGUUUUUUCGGAUUCUCGCAAUUGUACAGUAGGCGACUUAUCUCCAAGAGUCGUCAUUUUCCUAAAUGAACUUCAGUCCACGUACAGUAGGCCGUGCAAAAGAUGAGUCAUUGAGGAAGUCGUUCUGUAGCCACCCUUAUGUUUUAAUAUUCUAGGUGUGAUUACUAAUAGAGACACUAACACAACUGUUAAUGGGUGACUAGGGAACUGGGGAAACCACAGACCGCAAUGUGGAAAGGUAUUAUUUAUCUCUUGGGCAUUUGUGAUUAAUGUUUUAGAUGUGGUGAAUUGAGCUGAGUUUUUUUUUUUUCCCUUCCAUCCUUGUUGAGGGAAGAAGACAAUGGUUUUUCUUAGAAUAACUCCCCAGGAUCUCUCCAGAACUGUUUGAUGCACAAACCAACAGUUUGUUUUGCAGAAUUCUUGGGUGAUGUGGAGAAACCUGGGGAGAGAGAGCCUGAACAGCACUGAUGACCUGUUUCCGUUUUGGUCUUCUUUUAUGAAUAUAUUGUUGUUGCAUUAUAUUUUGGCGGGUGAUUUCUAUUCGAUGCCUUCAGGGAGUGCAGGGUGUUAACAUGGCUAACCGCUAAACAACGUGGCAUAGCACAAUCGGGCCUGCUACACACGUGUUGUCGCCCACGUUGAUGCCUGAUCUUUCACGACGCUCGUUUUGGAGUGGAGUCUUUAGCCUUAUUUGACCGCAGAAAAAAAAUAAAUCUGUUUCGGCGUCUCCGUGUUCCAUGGCGCCGUUGCCAGGCGGCCACACACCCACCCACCCGCCGUCUCCGACGCAACACCUCCUGCACUCGGUGCAUUCGGCUGUGGUUGUGACUCAGCCAGCCGCUGUCUGUGUCCACCUCUGCUCUGCUUCCCGUCUCUCUGCUUCCGAACCUCCCUCCUCCUCUCGUCCUCCAUGCGCUGUUAGGUGUGGAGGAUGGAGGGGGAGGAUGGAGGGUUGAGGCAGAGGAUGGGAGACGAGAGAAAUGGAGAACCCAAUAGGUUGUUCUUCAAUUUUGUAUUCUAUUGACACUACAAAUCCUUGUUUAAGUGCCUCUGUAGCGAUUAAUGGACUUCCAAAUAAACGGUCUCAGAACUGAA